AAACUCAAAGAAUUACUUUAAAUCGAAAAACUAUUAGAAAAAUGGCUCCUUCACAAAUGGAAAAUCAACAAGAACAAACUUUGGGCCAAGGAUACACCCACAAGAAGUUCAACUGCGGUUAUUCACACAAAAAAUUGGGUCUGCGCCUUCGGCAACGUGAGCAGGAAAAUAAAGAAAAUCUCUCGCAACCACAAAACCAACAAAUGAAAGUGAACAAACCCUCCUCUAAAGGACUCUUUCGUCCUUAUGCCUUAGAUGAAAACAACACUCCCAGAAAACGUAAACUUUCCCAAUCUUCUGAAGAGAAUUACUCCACACCCAUUAGUACUCCUCAAACCUCACCAUUAUCAUAUCAACAAUCACCACAAUUUGGACUAACUGCUAACACCACAACCCCUCCUCAGACUUGUCCUUCACCUGCCUUGAGUCCCAAUUCGUACACCAUGCGUUUGCAAAGACAACGUGCUGCUCUCUACAUGCGCUAUUUGACUCAAAUGCAACAACAACAGCAACCUGCUGCUCUACAAACUUCAAUUGGUUAUCCCAUGGGUUAUCCCAAUGUUACAGCUCCAAUUUUCAAUGGCUGUUAAAUAUUUUGGAUGGAAAUCAAUCCGGAACCCAAAUUGUUAAUUUGUUGUUUAAGU